CUCGGGCCGCCAUUUUGUGCGGAGCCUCUACUCUGCAAAAGCGGGAGAGGGAUUAAAACCGCCGGAGGAGAAGGACGCAGUUUUAGAGCUUCGCCUCGCGCCAGAGGAACAACCGACCUCCGGGGUUUGCGUCGAAACCGACGAGAGAACAAACGAGGAACAGCAGCAGUAAGAGAGGAAAGGCAGACAGGCGGAUUACUCAUUCAUCAAAGGCAGGGAGUUGGAGAGUGAGAGAAAGGGGUAGAAAGAUGCAGUUUUUACGUUUGUUGCAGGUGUUAUCCAUGGAGGGGGGACCGACUGAAGCUGUAGUGGAUGAGGCAGGGGAUGCUUUCAAAGCCAAGGAGUGCAAGACCUACCAGCGACGGCGAGAGGAUGAAGAAGUGGGAGCAGAGCUGCUGCAGACUGCUGGUCUAGAAGUCGUGGGGCAGGCACAUGUUGUUGAGGGAGAGACAACAACUGUAGUGGCUGAUGCCCAGCAGCAGUUGGUGGAGGGGGUUGUUAGUGUCAACAGCAGUGUUGAGAUGAUGGUGAUGGAGACUCUGGACCCAGCCCUGCUUCAGAUGAAGACUGAGGUCUUGGAGGCUGGAGUGGGAACUCCUGUGGGAGUUAGUGUAGCUGGAGCAGCCCAUGAGGCUACAGUCACCACUGUAGAUGACACCCAGAUCAUCACACUACAGGUGGUAAACAUGGAAGAGCAGCAGCUGGGCUUGGGUGAGUUGCAGCUUGUGCAGGUGCCUGUCUCUGCUGUGCCGGUCACUGCUGCCACUGUGGAAGAAUUGCAGGGCACCCUGGUUGAUGCGACCGCCAUGCCCAAAGAUGGAGAGCCUGUCAUCUGCCACACGCUGCCACUACCUGAAGGCUUCCAGGUGGUGAAAGUGGGUGCUAAUGGAGAAGUAGAGACUGUGGAACAAGAUGAGCUUCAGGCCCAUGAGGAACAGCCUCUGCAGCAGGAGGAAGAGGAGAUGCCUGAGCCCCAGAAUGACGAUCCAACCUGGGCUAAGGAUCCUGACUACACACCCCCUGUUAAGAAACCCAAGAAAACAAAGAAAAGCAAGCUGCGCUACAACACAGAGGGCGAGAAAGACAUGGAUGUCUCUGUUUACGACUUUGAAGAGGAGCAGCAGGAGGGCCUGCUCUCUGAGGUCAAUGCUGAGAAGGUGGUGGGCAACAUGAAGCCCCCAAAACCAACCAAAAUCAAGAAGAAAGGUGUGAAGAAGACAUUCCAGUGUGAGCUGUGUAGCUACACCUGCCCACGGCGCUCCAAUCUUGAUCGCCACAUGAAGAGCCACACAGACGAGAGACCCCACAAAUGCCAUUUGUGUGGGCGUGCCUUCAGGACAGUCACACUGCUGAGAAAUCACCUGAACACCCACACAGGAACCAGACCACACAAGUGUACUGAUUGUGACAUGGCCUUUGUGACCAGCGGUGAGCUGGUGCGGCACCGUCGCUACAAGCAUACUCACGAAAAGCCCUUCAAAUGCUCCAUGUGUGACUAUGCUAGUGUAGAGGUCAGCAAACUGAAGAGGCAUAUUCGCUCUCACACUGGAGAGCGGCCUUUCCAGUGCAGCCUUUGCAGCUAUGCCAGCAGAGACACCUACAAGCUGAAGAGGCACAUGAGAACCCACUCAGGGGAGAAGCCGUAUGAAUGCUAUAUCUGUCAUGCUCGGUUUACCCAGAGUGGAACCAUGAAGAUGCAUAUUCUGCAGAAGCACACAGAGAAUGUGGCCAAGUUCCACUGUCCCCACUGCGACACCGUCAUUGCCCGCAAGAGUGACCUGGGUGUACAUCUGCGCAAGCAGCAUUCCUACAUUGAGCAGGGCAGGAAGUGCCGUUACUGUGAGGCUGUAUUCCAUGAGCGCUAUGCUCUUAUCCAGCACCAGAAGUCCCACAAAAAUGAGAAGCGCUUCAAGUGUGACCAGUGUGACUAUGCCUGCCGACAGGAGCGACACAUGGUGAUGCAUAAACGCACUCACACUGGAGAGAAGCCAUAUGCCUGCAGCCACUGUGAAAAGACAUUCAGGCAGAAGCAGCUCCUGGACAUGCACUUCCGUCGCUACCAUGACCCCAACUUUGUGCCCACCUCCUUUGUGUGUACCAAAUGUGGCAAAACCUUCACUCGGAGGAAUACCAUGGCCAGGCAUGCUGAGAACUGCAAUGGAAUUGAUUCUGGGGAAGGAGAAAAUGGAACACCAACCAAGAGGGGCCGGGGUGGUCGGAAGAGAAAGAUGCGUUCCAGGAAGGAUGACGACGAUGACAGUGAUGAGCAUGGAGAGCCUGACCUGGAUGACAUUGAUGAGGAAGAUGAGGAGGAUGAGGCGCUUGAGGAUGUGCACAUGGAGGUAGAGCAGGCACCACCCAGCAUCCCUAUCCCUGCCCCGGCUGAGCCUCCAGUUAAGAGGAAACGUGGUAGACCCCCAAAGAACCCUCCUAAGACUCCCCCAGGCAAACCUACUACCAUAGCACCUGCUGCAACUGCCAUUAUCCAGGUGGAGGAUGAGGGCACAGGGGCCAUUGAGAACAUCAUAGUGAAAAAGGAGCAGGAUGGUGUGGACUCUUCAGUGGUUGGUGCAGCAUCAGCAGAGCCUGUGGUGGAAGAGGUAGAAGCUGUGGAGGCUGGUGUGGAGACGGUUCAGCUAACUGUCUCUGAGGCUGCGCCCAAUGGAGACCUUACCCCAGAAAUGAUCCUUAGCAUGAUGGACCGGUGAUGUGGACACAGAAAAAAGCAUGCUCACAGGCUUAGAACACAUACACGCAAACAUACACUCAAGUCCCUAUCAUGUCGUCACCUCCCCGCCUCACAGAAGACCUCUCUGUUCAUGGCGUCCUUGUUCAGUUUCAGAAUGAAAUUUUCAAUUUCUUUUCUCAUUGUUAAACUUGAGCUUAAUUUGUGAAAAAAAAAAUGCUUCCCACUUUCCUGAAUUCUGCUCCUUAUAUUUUAAGUUAGAUAGUCUGAUUAUCCCGUGUAUAUCUUGUGGCGGGGGUCUCUGAGAUGAGAGGACUGAGCAGUUGGAAUUACUGUAGUGAACUAAAUGCAUUUAUGGUUUUGUUUUUUUUGUUUUUUUUUUUUCCUUUUUUUUCUAACCAGUAUGCGACUAUUUCUUCAACCUUUCAGUCUGACAUUACCAUGGCAAUAUUCUAAAGGAAAACAUUCUGUGCCUGGUCAAGCCUUGAUAUUUAGAAUUGCUAUCACUGCUGUAGAAAUGGGCAUUUAACCCCAUCUGUUCCACAAAGAUCCUUUUUAAAGUCAUAUAUGACAACUUUUAUCGCUGUUGAUUUUGUUUUUUUCUUUUGCUUUCAUUGGUCAUAAUUAACAAUGGUAGAGAGAAGAUUAGAAAUGUAGCUAUAUGAUGAUCUGGCCAGGGACGAUGAUCUUCAUCCAUCAACUAUAUAUAUUUAAAAAAAACAAACAAAAGUAAAAAAAAAAAAAGAAAACUGCAGUUGAUAACAUUGUACAAAACAAAGGUAAUCUUGGCUGGUCUUGCUUGUAAAUAAAUUUUUAUUUUCUGUUUUAUUAUGAGCGUUUUAAUCCUUUUCUAGUGAAAUGAUGACCUUGAUUGCUGGGGCAAUGACAUUUUAAAUGGUAGUCAUUUAAGAAAACGUCACAGAUGGCUUUUAAAUCUCCAGGGGGGGGGUGGAAACACCUAAAAAAAAAAAAAAAAAAAGAUUAUGUUUGCAACAAAAAUCACCCAUCCCCAACACCACUAUGCUCCUUUCCCUACAUUUUUUUUUUGUCCAGCCACAGCUUGAAAUGUCGCCUGUUUUUUAAAUGUUCUCAACCUGCUUUUCAUAGAAUGGAACAAGAGCUUCUCCUGCAUUUAAUCACUUGCGGAUAUGAGAGGGCAAGUUUAUAGAUGGUCUCGAGAAUGCGCUCCUGUGUUGGGUUUGUGGCUGUGUAAAAAUGUGGAAAAGGGACAGAAAGGGGUUGGAAAAGCUUCAGGCUUGUUUAGCUGUGCUCAAGCUAAUCACUGCUACUGACCGAAAGCAAUCACAAUAUUGUACGCUGUCCACGUUUAGUUUUCUUACACGGUUUGUACGGGCCACACAUUUUAUGAUUUAAAACCGUGGUCUGAUGAAGCCAUUUUGAUGUGUUCUAUUCUGGAAGGACGUUUUGGGGGACAGAAUAAUUGUUUAAAGAAAGGAUGUUUGUCUGAGAACAGUGUCUUUUGCUGAGGUUUUUUUUUCCCUCCCCCAAAAUGAAGUUUUUCUAUUUGUAAUUUUUUUUUAAGCUCUUAAUUUAGUUUUUUGUUUUGUUAAACCUGGCUACAACUGUGUGAAUUUUACAAUGGUCAGAAAACCAACAUUAUAAAGACAUUUAUUAUGGCUGGGUGGGGCAUUGAGGGCAUAUGAAAAGGUGGUGUGGAGAAUGUAUUGCUGUACAGCUAAUAAAAAAAAAUAUUGUCCUA